AUGCUGAUGUCCCACAGAUCCGUGCAGUGGCUCGUGGUCACGCUGCUCGUCGUCUUCACAGCGGCACAGUGUGACCAGAGCGAGAGCCGCCGAGCUGUGAGCGAACACCAGCUGAUGCACGACCGUGGUCGAAACAUCCAGAGUCUGAAGAGGCUCAUCUGGCUGUCGAGCGCCAUGGAGGGGCUCCACACCGCCCAGACCCGCUCCGCCGCCCUCCGCCCAGAGAAGGUCCUGAACCUGGACCUGAACCCGGAGCUGGUCCCUGACGCUCCGGGCCCCCAGCCCGCCCGGGUGCAGAGCCUCCUGAGGGACUUCUUCAACAACCCCUACCUGACCCAGCUGUCCGACACAGAGGCCUAACGCCGCUCUGUCCACAGACACAUGAGAAAUAUCUAUUGUCUCCAUCAUUUGAACAAUGAAACACAUAAAGCACAACAAUACAUUUGUCUUUAGUGCCAAGACACACGUUU